AUGUCAAGUGAAGUGACAAGAGCUGACAAAGAAUAUUCUAAAAAGACUCAUACACAUACCAUUGCAAAUAUUACAAACUUACAAGAAACCUUAAACAAGAAAAGUGACGUUGGACAUACACACGAUUUCUUCGCAACUGUUGGUAUAGAAAAUAUUGCAGGAACGGUUGAAGAACCUGAUGGAACUGGUGGGGAUGUAUUAAAUUGGAAACCUCCUAACUUUCCACAAGGUUUAACAUCGGAGGAUGACAUAACAACGAUGAAAGACAUUAAAUGUAGAAAUGUCUAUGUCAUGGAGGAUGAAAACAAAGUUAAAUUCACUGCUCAAGAUUUAUAUGAUAAGAAAGCUGACAAAACAGAGCUUCAAACGUUAAAGACAGAAAUACUUCAAACCAUUUACCCGGUUGGUUCUAUUUAUACGUCAAUGAACUCUACCAGACCAGAAGUAGUACUUGGUUUUGGUACGUGGACUCAAAUAGUCGACAGGUUUUUGUAUUGUGCAAACUCUUCAAAGGAAACAGGUGGAAGUAAAACGAUUUCAGGUGAAAACUUACCUGCGCACAGUCACUACGUAAGUUUAACUACAUCUCGAGAAGGUGGGCAUAGGCAUAAAUAUUGGGAUUGGACAGGAAUGACAAAAGGUAAAGGAUAUGAUGUUAAAGACAACGUUCAGUUUGCUAUAAAUUGUUACUUGGAUAACACUGAGGUAGGAGGAGACCAUACACAUUUCGUUUCAGAGUAUACGCAAACAACGGGACAAAGUAAAGACUACAUGCCACCUUACAUGACAGUUUACGCAUGGUAUAGAAAUGCUUAG